AUGGAGGUGCGCGUAUCUGCUAGCGUUGGUUUACCGCGUCGGCCGCUCCUGAAGCGCGGCAGCACCGUCGCCCUGCUCUGCAACAUCUCUGUGCAAACCACCCGAGCUUCACGAGUCGAGGUGCAGUGGCUUCAGGAGCAGGCGAGCAAAGACGCCGCUCUUUCUGAGGACAGCAGAGGCCGCGUCCUCGCGACUCUGAGCUACGACGGCCUGACGCUCAUCUACAGCAACGGCAGCAGCUUGAGCGUGGACCGUGUGUCUGCUGGCUGCUUCAGGCUGAGGAUCUUCUCGGCCGCUGAAGAGGAUCAGGGACACUAUCAGUGUCGAGCCGAGGUUUGGGCGCAGGAUCCACGCGGCGGAUGGUACAACACCGGCGCUAAAGCCGAGUCAGAGACUGUACACCUGUACCUGUACGCACGAGUCACUGAUCUGCUGCUCGUACCUCUCGCGAUCGGCGUGUCGUCGGCUCUGUUCGUGGGCGUGCUGAUCAUCGCCACUGUGACCUGCUGCUUCAUGAACACACUGGCUAGACAGCGCUCACGCAUACGGAAGUAGGAAGUAUGAAAGAGACUUUCAUGGAAAACAUUCAGUUAGUUAAAUGGAGCAAAGAAAAAUGGGUUAUAAACAGGUUUAAGGUAUUUUGGCAGACUUGACGUAAUGUGCACUCACACUUGGGAAGGAAAUCAGAACGAUACUGAAAAUGUUCUGGACCGUCACGUUAUAUUAAUCCACGUGUGGAUGCUAACAGUUGCAUAUACACAAAUGCACGCAGAUACACUUGAAGCUGUGACAUUGUGAUUUGCACCGGUUCUAUCCGCUCCACUUUGACAAAGUUGAAUAUUGCUCUGUGCAUUUGCUCAGAAUGAAUGAAAGGACAUCACGUGGUGGAUAUAAACCACUCGCUCUGUUUAAACUAGUGACUCUAGCGAGAACCAGCAGAACCACUAAUAAUAAAUCCACAGAUGUCCAGCACUGAAAUCACUCACUGUUUUUGCACUGCUAUUAAACCCGCUCAUAAUAAGUGUGAGAUCAACAGAAUACUUGUAAAACACUUUUAUGGCACUUUACGGCAUGCCAUAUUUUGUCAUCUUUUCACCCUUGUAUUCAGAAUGAAAUGCAUUGAAAAUCCUGAGCAGUUCCAGUGAAAUGGGAGCAAGUCCCUCACUAGUGCACGUUUGUUGUCAUAAAGUUAGUUCAUUCUUAUGUUUUGCACUGUAAAUGGUGAAUUUCACAAAGAAAUGUCUGGGUCAGAUUUCA